AUUAUCAACGAUACAAUAGGUCAAAGGUCCGCAUUUUGGUAGGUAUAAAACUGUCUGCCCACUGAUCUUAUAUAAUAGUAAAAAAAAUUCAAGACAAACCAGAAAUAAAAAUCACAACAGAAGAUGAAAACUACGGCAUUAUUUUUUUGUUUUUGCAUCAUUGCUAUCAGCCAAGUAUUUGGUGACGAAGAUCUUCCAGAUAUUAAAGUACAAAAUGAAGAUCCAGAAGCUCAAGCUGCAAGAUCUUUUAGAAAAGAAGAUUGUAACCUAGGUGUAGAAACUGGAUUCCGUUGUCGUGCCAGGAAGCCAGUGUAUAGAUGGAGCAACGAGGACAAUAAAUGUGUCAAAGACUACUAUGGAGGCUGUCAUGCUACCAAAAACAACUUCAGGUCUAAAGAUGACUGUGUCAAGACCGCCACCCCAGUUUGCUCUAGCUAAUUUUAGAUUAAUCAAAAACAUGCAUUUAUAAAAAAUAUAAAACAUAUUUUAUGAGAAUAAUAAAUAAAUUUAAUAAAUAAAUAAUUUUUUGUAA